AUGGUCAAAGACUCAACUGGACUCGACUCGACUAUGUAUGUACUUUUAUAUGGGAAUCAAAGGAAGAAGAUUGAGUUCUUGAAAGUCAGAGGCUUCCUAAAGAGGAGGAACAGAGAUAUGGAGAUUGAAGCUGGAAACAACGAAAAUUUUGUUGAAUCCCCUUUUGAAUAUAUGCAUUUCAUUACCUACAAAUCUGGAACUAAGGUGGAGUUCAAGCAGGCUCUGGUCCCUAGUAUGGUUUGCUGGAGAGAACACGUAUGGAAGCUCAACAUCAGGCGACUGAGGCAUCUCUUAUGA